AUGGGCCCCGGGGUCGCGGGCCGCGCGGCCGGGCUGCUGCUCACCGUGAGCUGGCUGCUCCUGGCGGGCCUCCCGGCCGCGUGCGGGGCCAACGUCACCGCCGCCAUCCAGGACGCCGCGCUGGCCCGUGAAGCCGAGGCCGAGGGCGAGGCCGAAGGCGGAGGGGACGCGGCUGCGGCGGCGGAGAGCGAAAGCGACGCUGAAAACGAGGCCCAGACUGAGCCUGAGGAUGACGCUUCAAAUUCGACAGUAGUGAAAGAAGUAGAAUUUGGGAUGUGCACAGUUACAUGUGGUAUUGGUAUUAGAGAAGUUAUAUUAACAAAUGGAUGCCCUGGAGGAGAAUCCAAGUGUAUCGUAAGGGUAGAAGAAUGCCAUGGACCAGUAGAUUGUGGCUGGAGUAAGCCAGUUUCAGAAAGUCUUGACAGUGUUAGACUUUCAUGUGUUCACAUAUCUCCUGUCAAUCGUUUCAAAUAUGUUUGGAAACUUCUAAGGCCAGACCAACAACCCAUUGUACUUGCAAAUGAUACAGCAAUCCUGGAUGUUCGUAGGGAAACUCGCCCCUUGGCUUUUGAGUGUGAAACGUAUGAGCAUAAUGAAAUAGUAGCAUCUAUUAAAUUCACAAUUUAUACUACAAGUGAACUGCAGAUGAAAAGAUCAUCUCGACCAGAUACUGAUGCAGUCCUAGUUUUUGUGCUGACUAUAGGAGUCGUUAUCUGUGUAUUCGUGAUCUUUGUACUUAUCUUCAUAAUUUUAAAUUGGGCUGCAGUCAAGGCUUUCUGGGGAGCAAAAGCCUCAUCAACUGAAUUGCAGUCUGACUUGAGUUCAACGAAGUACAAAGAUUCAACUUCCCUUGACCAAUCACCAACAAAUAUACCCGCACAUGAAGAUGAUGCUUUAAGUGAAUGGAAUGAAUGA